AAUAACUCGAAGGAUGAGCAGAGCUAUCAAAGCAGCAAUGACAAAAAUCUUUUCAUCAAAAGGAAAAAACAAGCUUGAUAAAUUAUUUGCCCAUCCAGUCCGAGAGGAACUUCCAAAUCAUGGGUUCAAGAAGGUUAAGGCUUUUGAUAUUGAUACCCAGAAAAAAUUACCAGGUACACAAGAGAGUUAUGAAGGAGUCAAGAUGACACUUGAAGAAAAGAAGGAAUUUCAAGCAAAGAUUGAAGAAGAAAGCCAAGCAGAAUCUGAUUCUACUCGUGAUCUCAUCCAACAAGAAAAGUUUUAUAAUGAUAACCUCACUACAAGAGUAAAAUCGCAGUUUUAUGAUGAGCCUAUCCCUGAAAUGGUAACUCUAAUGGGUGCUAACAAAGAAAGGGCAAGAGGUAUAAUUACAGGUUACCAAAUGCAGCACAAAGUCGACUCGGGAGUGGUUGAUGACCACCUCAUAGAAUCCAUUGAGAAAGUCCAUUACGCAUUGAUUCAUGAUACUCCAGUGAGGAAGAAAUAUGUGUUAAGAGUCUUGCCUGAUUUCACAAUGAAGCUCAACAAGCCACUGGAUCAGAUCAAUAUGGGCGAGCCUAUCUUUAAGAAAACUUAUGACAAAAUGCAGAAGGAGCAGGAUGAGAAAAAGUCAUAUAAUAAAAAGUUCUUUAAGGGUCGUUAACAAGUUAAAAGCUGUAGAGUUUUGCAUAAUUUCAGUAGAAAAUACCAAUUUUUAGGCUUUGU